AUGCGACUGUUAUCAGCCUGUCUGGCAACCAUUUUGGCUGUCUCAGUGGAAACUAAAUACAUUGUCCCGGGAGGUAGAUGGCGCGACACUGAUGGGAACUUCAUCAAUGCACAUGGUGCUGGAAUCACCUUCGACCAGAAGUCUGGCCGCUUCUGGUGGUUUGGCGAACACAAGACAGAAGAGGAGCCGGAAGGCGGGGGCGUCUCUGUUUAUAGUUCGGAGGACCUGGCUACUUGGAAAUCUGGAGGACUGGCCCUAGCUCCAAUCGAGGGGCACCCCUAUAUCGCUCCCGGUGGCGUGAUCCAACGACCUAAAGUGGCUUAUAGCGCCGAGACUGAAGAUUAUCAUAUGUGGUGGCAUGCGGACAACUCUACCUACGGACUCCUUCUCCAAGGUCACGCGGUAUCCUCCAAAAUCGAGGGGCCGUACACUUUCGUUGACGCAACAGCGCCCCUUGGGAACUGGUCUCAGGAUUUCGGAUUGUUUACCGACUACAAGGACGGCCGAUCUUACGCCCUCUAUUCGAAUGGAGAUAGCCGGGAUGGACGGGAUGUAUACCUCACAAGCAUGAACAGUAACCUCACUGCGCUUGACAAGGUCGUGCAUCGGUUCCCGAAAUUCGAUCUUGAGGCGCCUACUAUCAUGCAGACAGAGAAGAGCUACUGGGCACUUAUGAGCCACAAAACGGGAUAUAGGCCGAACAAUGUCGUGGCGUUCAGGGCCGACUCACUAAGCGGACCUUGGUCGCAGCCGUUUAUUGUUGCGCCGUUGAAUAUGCGGACGUUCAAUUCACAGUCUGGAUUUACUCUCAGGAUUGAGGGGACGAAGAAGACGACACACCUGUACAUCGGAGACCAAUGGGACUCCAAUUCUGUCUGGGACAGUCGUUAUAUCUGGUUGCCUGUUCGGACUGAUGAGUCUAAGAAGACUCUAGAGUUAGAAUGGCACGAUGUUUACGAUCUUAACGUGAACACCGGAGAGUGGAAACCUAUUAAGGGAAAAACAUACAGUGCCAAACAGGCGAAGACACACGGUGAUACAUAUAAGCAGGAAGCUAACUUUGCCACCGACGGCGUGAUUCUCACUGGAAUAUACGGAAACGACAGCACCGUUACAUUUGAAAAUGUCGAGGGAUCUGGCAAACCCCAGUGGGUGUCAUUCUACUAUCAAAACACUGAUGAUUUGGGUUUCGGCGACCAACGUAAGUACACUUCCAUUGCCUAG